CGCGAUUUCCGCGAUCUCAUACGCGACGAGAAGACGAUCGCGAAGUUGCAAUUUGACUUUAGUGGUGCGACUUCCGUUUCUCCGAAAACGAAUGACGUCUCGUUGCAGGUUAUUAAAAUUGUGAGAAAAAUUGGAAAAUUCACCUCGACAGAUCCGUCAUCGUCGCGUUUCCCGUAAAUUCGCGCGUGCCCAGGAAAAAAAAGAAAAGAAAAAUAUGACACGUCGGUAAAUCAGAUCUCUGUCAACGUACACGGACGGGAGUACAAAGGGUCUGCUGUCACUCGGCCGUUGCGUCAGAACGUUUGGGCAACUGUCAGUUUCUGAUCCAAUUCGUGCAGGAAGGUACUUUUCUGCGCGUUUUUAAAUGUAAUUCCACACGGAACGAUUUAUAUUUAUACGUUUAAGGACACUUGUGAUAAAGAACGGACUCAGAAUGGCUCAGCGCUCGCAAAACUAUGGAUCUACGGAUCAACGGGUGGAUGUACCUGAAAUAGGAUUUAGUCCUACCGAACUUUAUAGUCUCAGUGAAAAUAUUACCACUAACAUAUACACGAUUAACACAAGUUGGAAAACUUUAGAAAGAGCUUAUAAAAAUAUUGGAACCAGUAAAGAUAAUCAAGGUUUAAGAGACAAAGUACAUGUAACACAAUUAAGUACUAAUCAGGUAGUCACACAAACAAGCAAAGACAUUGCAAGACUAACGGUAUUGAUGAGACGUGGCGAUAAACAACAAAAGCUACAAAUUGAAAAACUCACAACAGACUUUAAAGAUGCGCUACAGAGAUAUUCUGAUAUGCAAAAGUCAAUUGCAGAGAAGAUGAAGAGACAUAUUUUAGCUAUAACUAAUAUAGAAAAUUCAAUGGAUGGGGAGGAUGGUGAAGAAACGCAACGGCUACUUCAAGCACAGGAACAAGAACAUAGGACUACACAAAGGACACUCGAGUUCCAACAAGGACUACUGUUAGAGAGAGAAGAUAGGAUUAAACGAAUUGAGGGAGAUAUUCUGGAUGUAAAUCAAAUUAUGCGCGAACUCGCAGCACUGGUGCAUCAACAAGGUGAUACUAUUGAUACGAUCGACAACCACAUAGAGAAUAUACACGGCAAUGUGGAAUUAGGAGCGCAGGAACUUGUAAAGGGAAGUAAUUACCAAAGUAAAUUUCGUCGAAAAGUUUACAUCUUGUUGUUACUUGCGAUUAUAGUUGCCAUUGUAUUAACUGUUAUUCUAGUCAUUAAAUUAAGUUAGCGCUCCUAGCCUCUAUGCGGAUUUUACCGAUAGAUGAAAAGGGCUGUCUCAAUCUGUGUUUCAUAAAGUUGAUUAAAUUGACUUCUUUAAAAUUUAUCUUGAUUUCUCUAUUUGUAUGCAUUGGAAUUACAAAUGUAAGAAAUGUGAAAUGUAGAAUGUA